GAAUCCAUCCAGGCUACUAGCCAAAAUCACCAUCAACCAAACCAGCCAUUUUCCAAACUUUACACCAAUCAAUACUUGAUACAACUACCCUCAGACGACAUCACACCACGAGAUAGUCAACAUCUGCCCAGGCUACAUUUUUCGCUUACAAUUUUUGCAGCUCGAUGGCAACGGAACCAUCCGCAAUGGAAACACGCUCUAUCAUCCGAAAGGUUAAACCGGUUGGCUAUGUCACUCCUCCCUUUCCUUCCCUCCACUGGCCUCCUCAACGUGACACCUAUAGCCUCUACGACCUUGAGGACAUGUGGCGCUUCACUCUUCUCUGGACCCUUAUCAUCUAUGGCCUCGUUCACCUCGGUGCCGCUGGCAUUGCGCUCAUGAUGCAGGUCGGCAAGAAGAAAUCCAACUGGAAGUUCCUCUGGCUGGUCCCUUUGCUCUAUGCUGCUGUUGCUGGCGCCGAGGCUCUGCUGGCCGGCUGUCUCGUUGGGCUGGUAGUGGGAGCCACUUACAAAGCGGGCGCAUUCUCCAUGUCGACGUGGAUCCCCUUCAUCUGGGGCUGGGUCAACGUGCUCAUCUUGAUCUUGUCGUCCUUCAGAAUCCAGGGCGGUCUUUAGUGGAACGUCUGGCUUCUCUGCAAGGCCAAUAAGCUAUGUGCUUUCUGGAAGUGCUCAGCAUACCUCCACCGUUGAUUCAUCCAGGUACCGAGCCUCAAGCCGAGCUGACGGGAGGGAAGUGCCCGAUGUUUUGAAAUGGAACCCACCCGACCAACUGACCCCUUUUUCGACAUGGCGAUCAGGAACCGGGACGAUACGGGGUUCUAGGGGCACCUCGCGGGCGCGUCAGGGGCUCUGUAAACGAGUGGGCAGGCGCUUUCCAUGGACUGGCUGGGACUGCCCGGAAUUGCUUGCUAGGAUCCCAGGUUGCGUCAUUGUACUGCUCACAGCACCCCGGCCCCUGUAUGCAACGCUGUUAGCGGUUCGAAGCGGGGC